AUGUCACCUCGUACAAAUUCACCUCCACCUUCGUCUUACGGUUUGGACGAUAAUAUCGAGUACGCAGAAUAUAAUCCCGGUUCUUCUUAUUGUCCGUCAACGCCGGCAGGAGGACAGUCUUCGAAUAUAAAUAACCAAUUUUAUUCAACACAAUGUCCAGUAUCACCGCAUUCCACUCCAUCUUUGAGUAGAAGCGGCAUUACAGAUGCUACGGCUACUCGAGCUCGAGCUCGAAAUGGCUCACGUAAGGCCAAGAACAAUAGUGCAGGACUCUCCGCACUUUUACCUCGAACCCUAAACUUGCCACGCAAAAUACUUUCUUCUUCCGCAGUACAAUUCUUUACUCUAAUUGUGAUAUAUUCAUUUUGCAUAACAACCAUUUGUUUUAUAUUCUGCGCUUCAUAUUUCCUUACUCUCUAUGAUGACACCCGGAGGAUGCUCCGAAAUUCACGCGCUUGGGCCAAAGUAAAAAGUGGUGUAAGAGAAAAGAUCUCUAUGUUAGGUGAUGAUUGGGAUGAAUUUCUGCAAAACUACUUCGAUCAAACUUGUGAUGCGAACAAGAAUAGUCACCUUGGCGGUGCGAACAUGAAUAAUCAUGGACAGACUUCCUCCGAAGGAGGGCAAGAUGAAUGGGAAGAAUGGUUAAAGUGUACAAUGUUUAAAUUUAUUACUGUGGUCGCAGGACAAGACGCCACAAUUAAAUUCCAACAAUCAGCUGCUUCAUUCCAAUCUACAUUUUUUGCUCGUCCAACAACAGCAGCUAGUGAUGGCGGAAAAAGAUGA